AUGAACGCCUUUCAGCUUAUUCGAGCUGCAGGCAUUGCGCAAUCAGCGUUACAAAUAUACCGUAGAGAAGCUAGAUGCUUUUCGUUACCAGCGCAGGCUAGGGUAUCAUCUGAAAGGACGCAAACCAAUGCCUCGGCAAUUGUGCCUUCAGUAUCUCUCCCUAUUCCCGGCCUCAAAGGGCACAAAUGGUCCAAUUUUUGGUUGAGGGAUAACUGUCAAUGUCGUGAGUGUGUCCAUCCGGAAACCAGACAACGUCUCCUGGAUACAUUUUCUUUGCCAGAGGAUGGUAAACCAGCAGCAAUAAAGAGGUUGGGAAACGGGCUUGAAAUAGAAUGGGCGGCGGAUGGCCACAAAAGUACCUACACUUAUGAAUGGCUAAAAAACCAUGCAUCUCAGGAUGCUGCCCCCGCAAAGGGGCCCUUCCUAAGAAAUGACCUUGGUUAUGUUGAAACCACAUCAAAAUCGCUCCCAACUGUGGAUUAUGAGGAAGUGAUGUCGUCUGAUGAAGGUGUGCGAAAAUGGACAAGCAAAGUAUAUCGAUUCGGUUUUAGUUUCGUAAAGGGAAGCCCGGCUACGCCUGAAGCGACCGAACGGUUAUUAGAGAGGCUGGCUUUCAUCAGACCUACACAUUACGUAGGGGGCUUCUGGGAUUUCACGUCUGACCUUUCAAUGAAAGAUACAGCAUACACAUCACAACAUCUUAAUGCUCACACAGACACAACUUACUUUACGGACCCUGCCGGACUUCAGCUAUUCCACAUAUUAUCUCACACAGGUGGAAAUGGUGGAGAAACGCUGCUGGUUGACGGAUUCAAAGCCGCUCGUACUCUUCUUGAAGAACACCCCGAAGCCUACCAAGCUCUUAGUGAUAUCAAAAUCAGCUCCCACUCUAGUGGGAAUGAAGAUGUCUGUAUACAGCCAGCCACCUCAUUCGCUGUAUUAAACCACAUGAGCGAUUCUUCUGAGCUGUAUCAGAUUCGAUGGAACAAUGAUGACCGUGCACCAGGGAAAGGAAACUCGCUGGAAACAAUCCAUCGUUGGUACCAAGCUGCGAAGAAAUGGAAUGCAAUCCUCAAGCGGCCUGAUAUGGAGAUAUGGCUCAAACUUGAGCCAGGAACACCCCUCAUAUUCGAUAACUGGAGAAUUCUCCACGGGCGUUCUGCCUUCACCGGGAAGAGACGAAUGUGUGGUGGUUAUAUCAACCAUGAUGAUUUUAUAUCACGAUACCGUCUUCUUAAUAACGGAAGAGACGAAGUUCUAGCCCAGAUCUAA